AUGUCCGACGCCGAGGUCGCCGUGCCGGCGAACUACCUGCAGACGCGCUUCGUCGGCCUCUUCCACGCCGUCGCCAGCAAGGUCUUCUGGGCGGGCUUCUUCUGGGAGCUCUUCGGGGAGUGCCUCGCGGACAACAAGUACCACACGGCCAAGUACGCGUUCCUCACGGGCCUCGGGGACUCGUCGGGCGUCGUGGCGGGCCACCUGCUCUAUUUCACGGCGCUCGCGGGCUGCUCCAUGGACGCGCCGGCGCAGGAGUGGCCGGCGGCGCGGCUGCUGGGGACCGCGUCGUUGGCCACGGGCACGUGCUGGCAGCCCCUCGUCAACCUCUGCCUCGACGACUUCGGCUUCGGCUUUUUGUUCGUGGCCACGACGCCGACGCGCCUCACGUCCCACGACUUCUCCCAGUUCAGCGUCUACUCGAACGACGGGCCGUUGCUCGCGUCCUGGAAGGCGGGCGCGUCCGUCGCCGCGGGCUUCCUCCUCGUCCAGGCCCUCCAGAACCUCGCCGUGCCCUACGGCUACACGUGGGUCGACCCGCUUCUCGAAGCAGCAAUGGGCAAGGCCGGCAAGGCCGCCGCCAAGAAGAAGCGCAGCACCAAGAGCAAGGCUCUUCUCGGCAAGCGGUGCGAUGCGGAGUCGAUGAUGGUCGUCGACGCCGGGUCGCCCGGCGGCGCGGCGCCGCUGACGGGCCGCCAGAAGCACGCCGAGAAGGUGGCGGCGAAGCGCGCGCUGCGCGACGAGAAGGCGUCGAUCAAGAAGCAGCGGCUGGCCAUGCCCAAGGCGUCGACGGCGACGCGCGGCGAGCGCAAGGCGCUCACGACGGCGCUCAAGGAGCUCUCGCGGCCCGCCGAGCCCGCGGAGCCGGCCGCCGACGCCGCGCCGGCCGCGGCCGCGGACGGCGCCGACGCGGCCAUGACCGACGACGCGCCGGGCGCCGCGUUCGCCUACGCCGUCGACGCGAAGAAGGCCCGCCGACGAGCGCGGCAGCGCGCGAAGCACGCGGCGCUCUAA